CCGAGUGGUUUCCCUUGGUGGGUGUGCGACACCGCUUGGGCGGGCCCUGCGGCUACUUCUCAUUACACAGGCGACUCUAGUUUCUCUGCCACCGCAGCGCAAGGACAGGAGCCAGAUUCUCCUGGUGCAUGCGUGCGGUUUGGACGACCCAGGGGGCCCAACCAAGCACAGGAUACAGAGCUGGCCCCGUGUCCCGGCCACCUCACUCACUGGUCAUGUCACACCUGCUCUCUGCAGCGGCAGCGCUCCUCCUGUCCCUGGCCGUCAUCUUGCACGAUGGUCAUCCAGUGAGAGUAAAAGCGCUUGCAGAAGCCAGAGACGGUCUCCGCCCUCCUGCCGCAGGGACAGGACCCGCCACGGCCAAACCUCGCCUGCAGCCGACUAAGCACGUGCCGGACGGACCUUCAGCAACGAGGUCCCGGGGUGCUCACACCACCUCCCAGACAGCUGGGGAGACCUCUGAGAACCCAGCGCACACGACCAGAGCCCCGACAACUACCUCACAAACUGCAAAAAGCACCCCCCCCUCCAGCCCAGUUACCCACGCCCCGGCCACCCCCAACAACACAGGUGCCCCACUUACCGAAGCCACCAUCAGGCCCGCCUCAGCUCCGCACUCCCAGCCGCCCGUGUCGCCAACCUCCGCACCUAGAACCAGUCCAUCCACUGUCAGCCUCGCGACCGGGAAAACCACCCAACCCGGCGAGCAGGCCACUGUCUCCAAAACUUGGUCCACAGCGCCAUACAAAAGCACAACCGGUCAGAAACCUUCUCCAUCCACCCACACCCCGGAAACGUCCAUAGCCACGCACAACGCCACCCCAACAGCCUCUCCUGCCACCACAGUUCCCGGGGCUACUCUGGCACCUGAGCCAUCGUCUGCCAAGACCGGAAUUUAUCAAGUUCUAAACGGAAGUAGGCUCUGCAUAAAAGCAGAGAUGGGGCUACAGCUGAUUGUUCAAGAAGUAAAGUCGGUUUUUUCACCUCAGAGAUACUUCAACAUCGACCCCAACACAACCAAAGCCUCUGGCCAUUGCGGCUUCCGAAAAUCCAACCUUCUCUUGAGCUUCCCUGGAGGAUCUGUGAAUAUCACAUUCACCCAGGAAGAAAAUUCGUAUUACAUCAGUGAAAUAGGAGCCUAUUUGACUGUCUCAAAUCCAGAGAAAGUUUUCCAGGGGCUGAAGAGCGGGAUGGUGAUGUUCCAGACGGUGCUCGGGCAUUCCUUCCAGUGCGUGAGUGAGCAGAGCGCGGCCCUGUCGUCCCAGCUGCAGCUGAAGACCACGAACGUCCAGCUGCAAGCCUUUGACUUUGAAGACGACCGCUUUGGAAACGAGGGAAAAGCAGAGGCGGUAAUUCAAGAAAGAAAACAAUUCUGUUGGAUUCCCUCUUCCCAGUUAUAGCCAACCCCCCGCCCCAAGUGUUUCCUCUGAGUCAGUUUUCAUUUCCGUCUAAUUUCCUUCCGCUCUGGGUCUGAACCUGCACCACCAGAGCUUGCCCAGGACUCGGAAGUCCUGGGGUGAGGGCCAGGGGCAGGCCCGGGUGGUCUUGUGGAAAAAGUCCUUUUCUCCUGUCCAGAAGGCAGUGCUACCAGGAUUUCUCCCUGUCAGGAGGCUCAUGAAUUUGGAUUCUCAAAACAUCCCUCUUGAAAGAGCUCAAAAACUAUUGCGGGUGCUUCUCAGUCACCCAAAAUGGAUCUAAGCUCGUUUAGCUGCCUGUUACAUUUCUCUAGCACAAACCUGGUUUUACUUUGAGUUCUGCUGUAAAAUUAAAGAUGUGCCCGUUAGAAAACUUCUCCUGAUGCAGUGGGAACCCUUCAGCCAACAAGACCAUGCUGCUUGCCGUAGAGCCCUGAUUUUUAUAGGGUUUGUCUGUAUCUUACAGUUUUUGAGACAGAAUUUCACCAAGUCACUGAAUUGCCCAGGCUGGGCUUGGGAUCUUCCUGCAUCAGCCUCCCAGAGUGUUGGGGUUACAGGCACACGUCACCACGCCCAGUUUAAUCAAGUGAUAAAAGAAGGCACUUAGAGCCUUUGUGAAGCAGGAAUUGAGCAGGGCUUGGGAAUAAAACCUUUCAGCAGCUUUCUGGCUGCAACCAGCGAUGUUCACAGGCAGACAUGGAAAAGGUUUACUUGUUUUUGUUUCGUGAUGCUGAGGGUUGAACUCAGGGCCUUCACACUGAACUACAC